AUGCUUUCAGUGAAACACAGUCAACUAUCCGUGUCAUCAACUGAGGAGGAGAUCUCAAGCGUCACCACAACAAGUGAUGAUGAAGAUCAAGUUCAAAAGCUCGAUCAGCAGCGAAGCUUUGACGAACAACCUGCAAUUGAGUCUGUAUCUGUAGAAACUUGCUCGAACAUUAGUGAAAAUCCACCAAAUCAGCAAGACAUUAACACCGACAAUACUGCAGAAACGCCAAGAUUCCACAAAGUCAGAGGAUGUAUUCUUCUAGCUUCAGCCCUAAUCAUUGUGAUGGUAGGAAUUCUCGCCGUGACCUCACUUCUACCUCCUCCUGAGCAGCCUGGCUCUGGCAACACAACUCUCAGGUUGAUUUCCCGUGCAGAAUGGAGGGCUAAACCACCGAAGAUGCAAUUGAAAGACUUACAACUGCCAGCAAAGCGGAUUAUUAUCGCACACACGGACACACCUGAAUGUGAAACUAUGGAAAUCUGUUCGGCUUCUGUGCGCUCAAUCCAAGAGUAUCACAUGGAAGAUCGCGACUUUGGUGACAUUGGCUACAACUUCCUGGUUGGCGGCGAUGGAUCGGCUUACGAGGGCCGCGGCUGGAGCAAGAUCGGCGCCCACACGAAGGGUCACAACGAGGGCAGCAUCUGCAUUGCCUUCAUUGGGAACUUCCAGAAGAAGAGUCCACCAGAAGAUCAGCUGUUGGCGGCCGAGGAGCUGAUCGCGUGGGGAUUAGAAGAGGGCAAGCUGAGCAAGGAUUACAGGCUGUUCGGGCACUUGCAGCUCAUCGCGACUGAGAGUCCGGGAGCCGCACUGUAUCGCAUAAUUACAGCGUGGCCUCAUUGGUCGUCAGGCGAAUAAAAUGUGUGGCAAAAAGUCGGCCAAU